AUGAUCGGCAGCUGCGCGGGCCGCUCGCAGGAGGGAACGGUGAAGUAUUCCGACUCAUUCACUGCCUCGGGGCUCCGAGAGAAGACCGCGCUGCUGGGCAACGCGCGCGAGGGCGGCUCCGUCUGGGAGAGGGCUCGCCACCUGCCCUUCUGGGAGGCGACGGAGCUCGUCCAGGGGGAGAUCGCCGAGCUGAAGAGGCGCGACGAGGCGAACCGUGCGGGCAAGGGCCGCGACCAGAGCGCCCCUGAUAGUCCGCCUGGGCUGGCUCAAGGUGCUCCUCUUCCUGUUGGGCUGGUGGCAGGCGCUGGAGCUGACCUCGCACCCGACAUGUCCGUCGAAAAGGUGCGCCAAAGAUUGCAGUUGGCCCGCAAAUCACAUUCGCCUGCCAUGGUGGCCUACUACGAGCAGCUGCUGGUGCUCAAGGAGUCACGCCCCGCUCCUCAGCAGCGGGCGGACCAGUCCUACAAGGCGUACAAGACGCUGGAGGGCAUGGUCAAGGCCCAGACUGAGGAGACCACCACCAUCCAGAAGGACCUGGACACGAAGCGAGACAUGCUGCGCCAGACGAUGCAGCAGCUCGCGGUACAAGAGCAGCAGUACCGUGAUGCAGCCACCGAGUUGCAUCAGGUGGCCAAGCCCCAGAAGACGGUUUUCAACUUGGCUGAUAUCGUGGCUGGGGACCUCAGUAAGUGGGAGCUCACCUGCGGUGAGGACCUGUUCGGCCUGGCGGAGUUCGUCGAUGUGUCGGGCGAGGACCGCCAACAGGCCAAGAAGCGCGAGCAGGAGCUCAAGGAGCGGUUCCGCGAGACCGCCACGGCGCUGCUCGGCGAGCUCAAGACGAAGGCCACCCCAGUUCCUGGUGAUGACGUGCCUGAUGGGACCAUCGAGAUCGACCCCGAGGACUUCAAGGCGAAGGCCCAGCGCAUCCUGGAUGAGGCCAUCGCCCAGGGUCUGCACUUUAGCAUCAACGAGGGCCUCGACAUCGAGGCGCUGCAGGUGGUCGUUUUUUUCGAUUACCACUGGUACCUGGUCGAGUGCGUGGCCCUGGCUGUUCCCCGAGAAGGUGGAGACCCAAUGCCUGUGGAACUCGGGCGGCGGGAAUCGCUGGAGGGAGCAGUCGAGUACGACUGGAAGUUCGGGCUCGACAUCCACAGGGGUUGUGGGUCUGGACCUGAGGGGCCAGAGUCAGCCUGA